AUGGAACAAGGCCGUAUUACAAGAAGUGCUGCUAAAGAACAAUUAGCAUUAACUAUUGAAAGUUUAAAUGAACGAAUUAAAGAACUAGAAACUGAUUUACAGAUUUCUAAUGAUGCAAAUUUGAAAUUAAUCGAUGAUAAUAGAAAUCUACUUGCUGUAAAUCAAAAUUUGAGUGAGCAACUUCAAACUUUAACUGAUGAAACCUUAACUGAUGAAGAUCAUAAUGCAGAAAAGAGAGAAAUGUUUUGUUUUAGUUAG